GAGGAUGGGAUCAGUAGUAAUUGGAAUUGAGGUUGCAGCCGUCUCCAUGGCGGCGUUGCAGGGGCUGUGAUUCCCUUUCUUAGAAAAACUCGUCAGAGAGAGGGCCGAUUCUUGUGAGGGGAAAAAAGAGAGGAGGAGAGGAAAAUAUAAAGCAAAAGGGAGGGCACAAUUAUUCAAGAAGCAAAGAAGGAAAAAGAGGCAGCUACGCAGCCAACAGCGACUACUCUUCCUGCUGCCGCUGCAGCGCCGCUGCCGCUUCUCUGCACAAGUCUUAAAAAAUGGCAAAUUAAGCCGACUUGUUUGCCCACAAAACAAAAGUAGCAAGGUUUCUGCCGCUGCUGCCCGUCGCAGAGCGCAAACCCACGCCGUGACCUCCAGACUCUCUCUCUCUCUCUCUCUCUUCACUCUGCCCCUCCCAGUUUCCACGAGUUCAUACAAAAGAGAGGGCAAGGAAGAAGGAGGUAUGAGUUAGCCUACUAAAUUUUAGCUGAUGUCUUGUGCUGUGAGAGCUUUGGAAAGACCAGAUCUGAUUCAAUUUUGCAGGGAAGGAUAGGGAAAAUAGGCCCUGGUUCUUGGCAUCUCGCUGUGCUAUGGAUUUUCGGCUGGCAUCUAAGAAAAAGAUCUCGGCUAAGAGUAGGGGAGAAUGUUCGGGUUCUCUUUAGGUGGGAGUCAAGAUCAGCACAGGCAGCAGCAAGGAGAACAAGUAGGGAUCCCUCCCGAGAAUCUCUUCCUCUGCGAAGGCACCGGCGGCAGAAGUGAGGAAAUUCCGUAUACGCGAGGCUUCGGGCUCUGGCAGCAGCACCAGAUCCAGAGACAGCACCAUCUCUCCUCCUCCUCCUCGUCAGCAGCUGGAGGGACGCUGCUAUCUUUCUCCGAUGGGCCCGGCAGGAGCGCGGGAACCAUGAGGAGCGGCGGGGGAGGGGCAAUUAGCUGCCAGGACUGCGGGAACCAGGCCAAGAAGGACUGCGUCCAUCUCCGGUGCCGGACCUGCUGCAAGAGCCGCGGCUUCCACUGCCCCACCCACGUCAAGAGCACCUGGGUCCCCGCCGCCAAGCGCCGCGAGCGCCAGCAGCAGCUCGCGGCCUCCGCCACCCUACAGCAGCACCACCACCCCCAGCACUACCUCGGCGGUGGUUCCGAGGGAAGCAGCGGUGGCGGAGAGUCUUCCAAACGACCGAGAGAAACCACCCGCCUACCCACCGCGGCCAUCGCAGCCACCACUUCAGGGGGGGCUCUGGAGGCAGCGAGCUUUCCGCCGGAGGUGAGCUCGCAGGCGGUGUUCCGCUGCGUGCGGGUGAGCCCGGUGGACGAAGCCGAGGAUGAGUACGCGUACCAGACGGCUGUGAACAUCGGAGGACAUAUGUUCAAGGGCAUUCUCUACGACCAAGGGCCCGAAGCCGAGUACAUGUCCUCGACUCAAUACCGUACUCAUCAUGGUGAAGCCUCCUCUUCACCUGCUGCCGCUGCUAUUUCUACUGCCGCUGCUAUCACAAGUAGUGCAGUUGCUGCUGCUAAUACCAAUGCUUCUGAUGCCGCUGCUGCUUUGCUCGAUCCUUACCCAACUCCCCUCAGUGCCUUCAUGGCCGGCGUUCAAUUCUUUCCCCACCAUCCCAGACCCUAAAACUAGAUGACAUGGAUUAACCAAAGCUACCACACCUUCUCUCGCUCUCCGUUUUGCUUUCUCUCUGGUUUUCUUCUACUAUUUUCGCAGCUUGGUGUUUGGGGAAUGUAAUCUUUUGAAUCACAAGGACGUUUCUCUUCCUGCGAUGAUUGAAUCUAACUAUUGUUUAGGAGCUUCUUUUGCCGAGAUCUCUCUUCUUGGGAUUGCGUAUUCUAUUUUAAUUCUAUUUUA